UCUACGUCUCACUCGUCUCUCACCUCACCUUGGCCAAGGAGCAAGAAGCCAGAGUUCAGCCAACUUUACCAGCCAAUGACUUCAGAAGCACAGGACGUCGUUAACAUGGCAAAGACAAAUGUUCUUUUUGGUGCUGUCAUCGUAGCAUCUUGUUUUCUCCUCAGUGCAUCAACAGAAUGUAUAGAAGAGAAGACUGUCGCUGAUAUUGUCUUCCUGGUUGAUGGAUCUGAGAGUAUUGGAACUGAGAACUUCCAGCGUAUCCUAUUCCUCCACACUCUGGUCGACGGCUUUGAUGUUAGUCCUGAUCAUGUCCGUAUUGGCAUGGUGCAGUACAGCAACAUUAUGCACACAGAGUUCAGUCUCAACACCUAUCAGAAUAAAGCACAGAUUCUUGAGCACAUUGACAAGCUGGGUUAUAUAAUGGGGAAAACACUAACUGGCGAGGGACUGAACUUCAUCCUGAAGGAGCACUUUGUGCAAAGUGCAGGAAGCCGUGCCAGUGAAAAAGUGCCCCAGAUAGCUGUUGUUAUCACAGACGGCAUGGCAGACGACGAUGUGGGGCCACAUGCGAUGGAUCUAAAGAAUCAGGGGAUCAUCGUUUACGCCAUCGGUGUCAAAGAUGCAGUUGAGUUGGAGCUGAGACAGAUUGCUAGUGAACCUCAGGACCAGCAUGUGUACAGCGUCUCUGACUUCACUGCUCUUCAGAGCAUCACUCAGAAGAUCGUCCAGAAGCUGUGCUUCGAGGUGGAGGAGGUCAUAAGUCACACCACUCAGGUGGUCAUCAGUCACACCAUAACUCAGGUUUCUACAGAUUGUCAGCAUGCAACCGUUGCUGACAUUGUGUUCCUUGUGGAUUGCUCGGGUAGCAUUGGUCACGAUAGCUUUAACCAGAUGAAGCAGUUCCUCAAGUCAUUUGUGAGUGGACUACCUGUAGCCAAACACCAGGUGCGCAUAGGCCUAGCACAGUUUGAUCAUCAAACCUACCAGGAGUUCCUGCUGAAGGAUCAUGAUAACGUCAAAGAUGUACUUGACAGAAUUGACCAACUUCAGUAUCAUAAAGGAGCAACUUAUUUGGGCAGUGCCCUUACCUUCCUUCAGGAAAACUACUUUACCCCAGAGGGGGGCAGCCGAGACAGUGUUCCUAAAAUUGCCAUCGUGAUAACAGAUGGCGCCUCCAUGGAUGCAGUGGCUGAACCAGCCCUAAAGUUACGGAGCCAUGGGGUUGUCAUCUUCGCCGUUGGUGUUGGAUACUAUGAUGCUGCACAGCUAAGAACAGUCGCUAGCAGUCCUAGCGAGCAAUUCUUGAUCAGCAUCCACGACUACCAGGAGCUGCAGAAAGUAAUGGACAACAUGCGGAAAACAGUUUGCACCUCGGUGGAGAUUCAAGCACAGGUUUUAGCACCAAAAUAUGCUGAAGUUUUCUUCCUUGUGGACAGUUCAGCUCAGUCCCAUAUUCAGGCCAUAAGAGAAAUGCUCAUUCGACUAGCCAACCAACUCAAUGUAAACAAGGAAGGCAAUCGCAUGGGCCUGGCUCAGUAUGGGUCUACUGUUUCUGUGGAGUUUCAGCUGGACCAGUACACCUCUGAAUCUGAAGUUGUGGAUCAUAUCAAAAGGUUUACAUUGACAGGUAGUCAGAUGCGUAAAACUGGAGGAGCAAUAUCUUAUGCCAGCCAUAAUUUUUUCUCCUUGGAGGAUGGCACCCGAGGAUAUAAGCAGUAUUUGGUGCUCAUUAUUUCGGGGAAAUCAGAUGAUAAUGUGAUGGAAGCGUCAAACGUUAUUAAAGAUCAAGGUGUGACUGUACUUACUGUUGGGCUUGACCAAGCUGACCGGGUGGAGCUUGAAAUCAUUGCAACACAGUCUUAUGUCUUUAUUGGACAAUGCACUCAACAGAUAAUACAAGGCAUAGCUACUGCUGACAAUACCAUCGACAUCAAAGAUACUGUCAAAGAGAAGAUUCAGGGCAUCUCUCAAAUGAUCGUCCAUGUGCUCUGCACCACCGUUGUGACCGCGGAGCCCAAGAAUCCGACCAUUGUGAUGCCGGGGAAGGAGCCCAAGAAUCCGACCAUUGUGGUGACCACAAAGAAGCCCAAAAAUCCAACAAACGUGGUGAUCGUGGCCAAAACUCCUCCUGCUCCUCCUCAGACCUCUCAUUGUUCCGAAGGUAGUGCAGGUCAUUUAUCAGAAGGUGGACAUAAUAAUAAUGGACAAUACAUUCAACAUACUAAACAAGACAUCAAGAUACUUUUUGACUCUGAGAAGAUCCCCAAAGUUUCUCAUGACUGUAUCCAAACAGACAAAGCAGAUAUCUAUUUUUUGAUUGACCACUCAACCAGCAUUCGCUACAAGGAUUUUCGGCAUAUUAAAAAGUUUGUUUUGGAGCUCAUAUGGAUGUUUCGUAUUGGCCCGCACAAAGUACGUGUUGGCCUGGUAAAGUUUUCAAACAGUCCAAAGCUGGAGUUCAGACUGUCUCAAUACACAGACAGAGAGUCUCUGGAGGACGCUGUGAUCGCUGUCCACCAAACCGGUGGUAACACCUACAUCGGACAUGCUUUAAAUUUCAUGAGUCCACUUUUUAAAGAAACUAUGGAGGACCGUGGUCAUGCGGUUCCCAAGUACCUCAUUGUAAUAACAGAUGCAAACUCACAUGACAAUGUUGAAGUGCCAGCAAAGCGGCUUCGCCAGCAGGGAAUCACCAUCUAUGCCAUUGGUUUGAAGGGUGCCAAUGAGAGGGAGCUGGAUUACAUUUCUGGUGACCCUAAGAGGAAGUACUUAAUUAAUAACUUUAAUGCCUUCAUACCAAUGAAGGAUGAUAUUGUGAAAGACAUAUGCUCUCAAUCAGCAUGCAAGAACAUGCUGGCUGAUGUCAUAUUCCUGGUGGACGGCUCUGGGAGCAUUGACUCGGAUGAAUUCUACAAGAUAAAGAGAUUCAUCAAUGUGCUGAUUCAGCGCUCCAUCCAGGUCCAUCCCGACGCCGUGCGUGUGGGUCUGCUGCAGUACAGCGGCACCCUAAGGGUGGAGUACACGCUGUGCGCCCCCCAAACUCUCAGGGGCUUCUUGCAGACGGUGAACUUCAUGCGGCAGCUGAGUGGGACCACUCUGACUGGUGGAGCUCUCAGUCUCACUUCACAGUUCUUUGACACCUCAAAGGGCGGGCGUCCCGGCGUCCCAAAGAUCCUUAUCGUUCUGACCGAUGGAGAGGCACGGGAUGAUGUGGUGAGGCCCGCGCAAGCUCUGAGGAGGAAGAACAUCAUCAUCUACUCCGUUGGUGUGGAGCGUGCCAACGUCACCCAACUGAGGGAGAUUAGUGGCCGCCCGAGCAGGCUGUUUAUGGAGACAAACUUUGAUGCCCUCCAGAAUUUGGAGAGUGAUAUUUUGCCUAAGAUCUGUCAGCCCGACAAGCCUGACACUACUUACAAGCCAGACAAGCCGGACACCACUCACAUGCCAGACACUACUGACAAAACUGUCAUUAAUUGCUCAACAACUCAGGUGGCGGAUAUGAUCUUCCUGGUGGAUGGCUCAUCCAGUAUUUAUCCGGAUCAAUACAAGAGCAUGGAGCGCUUUAUGAUGUCAGUCGUUGACAGCAUGAAUGUCGGUGAGGACCAUGUCCGUUUUGGGGCCAUUGUCUACUCAACCGCCGCAGAGUCAAAGUUCACUCUGAACCAGUUCAAAACCGCAGAGGAAGUACGGAAUGCCAUAGCGAACCUUAACCAGCCAGGAGGAAUCACCUCCACUGGUGCUGCUCUUCGCUAUGCACUGGACUACUUUGGACAAUCGUAUGGUGGCCGUCGGGAGAAAAAAGUCCCCCAGAUCCUUUUUGUAAUUACUGAUGGAGCUGCCACAGACCCUGAAUUGCUUCCUGUAUCGUCUCUAGAGGUCCUGAGUGAAGGCAUCAUGAUAUAUGGCAUUGGGGUGGCUGGGGCCAUGAUGACUGAGCUGCAGGUAAUGACGGGAGGCAAAAAUAAGAGGGUCUUUUAUGUGGACAAUUUUGAUGCUUUGGAGACCCUACAAAAGAAGAUCUCCAAAGAGCUUUGCGAAGACGACAAACAAAAUGUGAGUCUAAGGCCCUGAGUUUGGCGGCGGAGCGGGAAACGGUAAACUACGUCAAGGCUGGGGCUCUGAAAUGGGCGAGACCUCUCUGGUGAAGUGAAUUUGAAUAAACCAAUGACAUGCAUCCUGCGAUAUUGGCUGCAAGACAUCAACCCGUCAUGACAGGGUGUCAAAAACAGUA